AUGCUUACUGUACCUUGGUUACCUCCAGUUGAUUGUCGUACAUCUGAAUGGUCCGACUGGUCGCCUUGCAAUGGGACAUGUGGCUCCGAGACUCAGACACGUUAUCGCCGCGUCGUCCAGCAACCAUUCGGUACAGACGCUCUUGGCUGUCCCUCUCAGCUGUCCGAGUCGCGAAGUUGCGCCCGGUCGGAAUGCGUCUGCCAAGCCCCGUUUGCGUGGUCCAGUUGCGCAAAUGCCUGCCCCACCGAUUGUCGUCACCUUCCCAUGGCUCGACUUGUGAACACACACGAUGACAUCUACCAGGCAGCAGAUGUGACAGAACUGGCCCCAUCGGGCCCUCUGGAGGCGGUGGCGAACUCGUACCUCGGCUGCUAUCAAAGUCCAGGCGAAUGUCUUCCGGGCUGUCGGUGUCCGGAGGCCUGGCUACUGCAGAAUGGUGUCUGUGUGCCGUUGGCCGAAUGUCAAUGUCGCUUACCAAAGCCGGCAGCACAGGCCACAAGUGGAUCGCCGGCGACGAGGGAACUCGAACAUGCAAUCGCUGCACUCUUUGAUGAAGUCAUGCAUCAUUCGACAAAAGCAAUGCUGCCGACCAACCAAUCGACACUAAACGAAGGCGCAAAUGAGACUGGGCAGUCGACAAGCAGCAAAUAUGCCUGGGGGGCACACGCUGACGAACCUGGCAACAAGACGGGAGGGGAGGAGAUGGCAUUCAUGGAGCCAAACCAAGAGAUGGAGGUCGGAUGUAUGCUGUUUGUGUGCAAAUUUGGCGUAAUUUCCUACACCAAAAAGACUAAUUGUUCGGGUAAUUACACUUAA